GAUGUGUAUGGGGUCGGUGGGGGCGUGGAAGCCGAAGACAUUGGCCGAAGAUGUACGAACACUGAAGUCUGUGAACUUCUGGCUUCCUUGCUAAUUCGGUUCAAAAGUUCGAAUAGUUUUUUUUUAAUUCCUGUUUUUUUUUUCCUAAUAGUAACAUCGCGACCUUAAGUACACCUUGAACGAAGUUUAGUAGUAGUUAACAACGUCAGAAUGAGAAGUAGAAGUAAUUCUGGGGUUCGAUUAGAAUAUUAUCAUAGAAUUGUGCAUACAUUAAUAAUGGAUUAUCAGAACCCGGUGACUGGCCUGUUUCCUGCCAGCCCCGUCAACAAGCACGCCUGGGUGCGCGACAACGUGUACUGCAUCCUGGCUGUGUGGGGGUUGUCCAUGGCCUACAAGAAGAUAGCAGACAUGGACGAGGACCGUGCCAAGACCUAUGAGCUGGAGCAGAGCUGCGUGAAGCUGAUGCGUGGCCUGCUCAUGGCCAUGAUGCAGCAGAAGCACAAGGUGGAGAGCUUCAAGGUCACGCAGAACCCCCUGGACGCGCUGCACGCCAAGUACAGCUCCCAGACGGGCCAGGCGGUGGUGGGCGACUCUGACUGGGGCCACUUGCAGAUAGACGCCAUCUCCCUCUACCUGCUGGUGCUGGCGCAGAUGACAGCUGCAGGUCUGCAGAUUGUGUUCAGCCUGGACGAAGUGGCCUUCAUCCAGAACCUGGUGUUCUACAUCGAGUCUGCGUACUGCACGCCUGACUACGGGAUGUGGGAGCGUGGAGACAAGACGAACCACGGCCUGCCUGAGCUGAACGCCAGCUCCAUCGGCAUGGCGAAGGCAGCGCUGGAGGCCAUGAACGAGCUGGACCUGUUCGGGGCGCGCGGCGGCCCCUCUUCCGUCAUCCAUGUGCUGGCCGACGAGGCGCAGAAGUGCCAGGCCGUGCUGCAGUCGAUGCUGCCCCGGGAGUCGAACUCGAAGGAGCUGGACAGCGGCCUGCUGUCCAUCAUCAGCUUCCCUGCCUUCGCGGUGGACGACCCUCAGCUGAUCCACCUGACCCGGGCGUCCAUCCUGGCUCGCCUGCAGGGCCGCUACGGCUGCAAGCGCUUCCUGCGCGACGGCUACAAGACCCCCAAAGAGGACCCCACUCGGCUCUACUACGAGCCUUGGGAGCUUCGAGUGUUCGAGAACAUUGAGUGUGACUGGCCUCUGUUCUUCUGCUACCUCAUCCUCGACUACUGCUUCCAAGGCCAAAAAGAAGCGGCCAUGGAAUACACAGAAACAUUGGAGGAAAUACUAGUUGUGUUGGAGGACGGGGCACGGCUGGUGCCAGAGUUGUACGCAGUGCCGGCAGACCGAGUCGCAGAGGAGUACCAGAAGCCAGGCAGCCAGGAGCGGGUGGCAGUGGGGCGGUGUCCCUUCCUCUGGGCGCAGUCCCUCUACAUCCUCGGCAAGCUGCUGCAGGAGGGCUUCCUGGCCGUCGGCGAGCUGGACCCACUGAACCGGCGGCUGUGCGCAGAGAAGAAGCCAGAUGUGGUGGUGCAGGUGGUGAUACUGGCCGAGGACGAGGCUAUCAAGGAGAAGCUACAGCAACUGGACAUCUCCGUGCAGACCAUUGACGAGGUGGCCCCCAUCGAGGUGCAGCCAGCCCGGGUGCUGGGCUACCUCUACACAUACCUGGGGCGCAACCGCAAGCUGGGGCUGUCGGGCCGCAAGUCGCGCGACGUGGGCAUCCUGAGCACCAGCAAGCUGUACUCGCUCAACGACCGCAUCUUCGCCUUCACUCCCCAGAUGACAGACCUGAAUCGAUUCUACGUAGCGUCGGACUACGAGCUGAUGAUAGACAUAUUCAAGAGUGAGCUAAACUUCUUGAAGUCGUCUUGGCAGAACAUGCUGGGUCGGCCGCUGGUCGUCAUGGCGAUGAAGAACGUCCACCUAGAUCAAGGGAAGAUUCCACUGGCUAUGAUAACAACAAUGAAGAAACUCAAGAGUGGGUACAUCAAUGGCACUAGAGUCACGCUGGGCAACCUUAACGACUUCCUCAACACGUCCUGCAUCACCAACCUCAGUUUCCUGGGCAGCCAGGAGGAAGGCUUGCCAGACACUCUGAACCCGUGUGUCCACAAGUACCUGGAAGAACACCUGCUGAAGUCGCUGACGUCGCGGCCGCAGCUCUUGAACCGGCCGGCCGUCCGCAAGGGCCGCUUGCUCAAGAGGAAGAUGUCCGUCAAGGGAGCCAUCAAGAAGACCAGGUCCAUCAUCUCGAUGGACAUUGAGGGAUCGGCCCACGCGGACGACAGGCGACCCUCCCUCAUCCUGCAGGCAUCGUCGCUGCUGCAGGACGACCAAGGGCGCUCGCCGUCCCCGGAGGACCUGCUGCCCGCCUGGAGGCAGCCCGCCGCCCCGCGCACCAGGUGCGUGUCGGAGACGCAGUACGCGGACACGGAGGUGGACGAGCUGCUGGCCAUGCUGCGCGAGUCGGAGCAGCUGGAGGAGCAGGGCGACAUCCUGCAGUACCUGGUGGACACGCAGGGCCUAUCCUUCGACACGGGCGUGGUGGAGGGGGGCCGGCCCGUCAUCGUCAAGGACCUGGUCAAGGGGCUGUACGAGAAGGCAUGUCAGCAGAAGCUGUGGGGGCUGGUGCGCCACUCGGCCGGCAUGCUGGGCAAGCGCGUGGAGGACCUGGCCAAGGCCGUCACCGACCUGCUGGUCCGCCAGAAGCAGGUGACGGUGGGAAUGCCGCCCCACAACGAGCACACCAUCACGGGCCCGCUGCCCGAGGCAGAGCUGCGCCAGCUCAUACACCAGGCGCACGGCGAGGACGACAGCACGGCCAUGCUCACCGAGGAGUUGCUUGUGUACCUCGCAAUGUUCAUCAGGACCGAGCCUCAGCUGUUCUUUGAGAUGCUACGGCUGCGAGUGGGUCUUAUAAUCCAGGUGAUGGCGACGGAGCUCUCUCGGACGCUCAUCUGCUCCGGAGAGGAGGCCUCCGACCACCUGCUCAACCUCUCUCCCUUCGAGAUGAAGAACCUGCUCUACCACAUCCUCAGUGGCAAAGAGUUCUCUCUCAGCAGCGUGAGUGGUGGUAACUUCUCUGUGAUCAGCCGCGACCACAGCCGUGUCAGCAGGAAGAGCCGUGCGGGCCUGCUGCUGGGCGCGCCAGACGACGACGAGGAGGGGGAGGGGGAGCGCCAGGGCCAGUGGCUGCGCCGGCGCCGCCUGGACGGCGCCCUCAACCGCGUGCCGCGCGACUUCUACCCCCGCGUCUGGGCCGUGCUGGAGAAGUGCCAGGGGCUGGCCAUAGAGGGACGCGUUCUGCCACAGAGCCUGACUCAGGAGAUGACCCCCGGGGAGCUGAAGUUUGCGCUGGCGGUGGAGACGGUGCUGAACACCAUCCCCCAGCCGGAGUACCGCCAGCUGGUGGUGGAGGCGCUCAUGGUGCUCACCAUCGUGUCGGAGUACCACAUGGUGGGGUCGCUGGGCGCGGUCGUCACCGUGGAGCACCUGGUGCACGCGGCCAACGCCACCUUCCUGCAGGACCAGAUGCGCGUGAACGGAGACGCGACGCUGUGCUGUGCCAAGCCGAGCGACCACAGGGAGACCACGGCCGCGGGCACGCUGCUGUGCGGGGGCGCGGCCUACAUCUGCCAGCACUUCUACGACAGCGCGCCCAGCGGCAGCUACGGCACGCUGAGCUACCUGGUGCGGGCCGUGGCCUCUCAGCUGGACGUGCCUCAGGAGCAGGCCGAGAUGGACUGUGCCCUCAUGUAGCCAAACUGUGUUGUUCAUUUCCAGAGUUAGCUCAUUUAGAUAUAAAAUUAUAUCUAAUUUUGCAAAAUAAGAACUUAUGAUUACUUGUGCUUUUCAGUGGUAAAUAUAAUAGAUUUUGUCACACAAUAAUUAAUUAAUAAACGUACAUUAUUACCUAUCAAUCACAAAAAUCAUUUACUGGGACACACAGUAAACUAUGAAAUGAGUUACUCAGAGUUAAGGCUAAACAAAAAUUUAUUUGACAGUAUUAUUUUAGUUGUGCAAUGUCAAAGAAAUCUAGGCUUAAUAUGGUUAUGUAGUUGUAUUUAGUGUAUAAAUUUUUCCUAUAAUAAUUUUUAUUAAUAGAACUGUUGCAUGAGCCUGUCAUUUAUUUUAUUUCUUAAUUAUUGUACUUGUUUUCUGAUUAUUCAAGUAAUGUCAGUUUUAUUUAAUUACACUUAUAAUUUCGUUUUUUCACUUUUUUUGUUAAUAAAUUAAUUUUAUUUGCUUGAAGUAAAUUUGAUUCUUUAUAUAACAGGAGACAAUGACUUUAAAAAAACUGGAAUGAAUUAAAAACUAGGAGAAACAAAGUCUUUUUUUUUUGUUUCACCUUUUAUCUAACUUUUAAAUGGCUGUAUUAUUUAUAAUUUUUGGGGAGCGUAGACACUUUAAGCUUUUAUUCUUGUUUAUAUUUGUAUUUACGUGUACAAAUAUAAACUCCAGAAAGUGCGUGCGACGUUUGCAGUGAGCUUGCGCAGCGAGGAGCGAGAGUGUGGGUGUGGACGCAAGGCAGUCUAGCCGUGGCACAAGCGCACGACACCGGUUUCCAAGGUGUAUUCGGCGCGAUGCCGUGAAUGGAACUUUUUAUAAAGUAUACGAGUAUGUUUGUCUGUAACAAACUUGAUAGUAUGUUUACUCGUGUGACGUUCCUGUAAUUAACGAGUUGCAUGAUAAAAAUUUCCAUGUGGAAAUGUGAAAUGGAUAUUCAUAUGCGGAAUCGUGUAAACACCAUGUUUGGUGCUACGGGGAAGCUGACAGUGAAACCUGCUCUGAGUAUUCAAGGGUAUUUUUGCGUCCUUUUCACCGACUGCACUUGAGGCGUGAGUUACCUCACUCACACAAAUAAUGUUCCAAACUGGCCUUCACAAUUACAAAUAAGUGUGGCCCCGUCAUCCUGUUUGCAGAGUUGCGAGCCAUUCAAACCCAAACAAGACCAUUAGGGUGUUUUAAAGAGAAAUGCAUGGGUGUAGCCCGUUUCGGAGUCCCAGAAAACUGUGAAGAUUUAUGACUCGUUUUUACACUAAAUAUAUUGUUAAUUGUGAUGUACAUUUUUUUUAGUUGAUUAUGCCGGUAUAACUUUUAAAUAAACUUUUUGUGAGAUCUUUUCAUGUAAAAAAUAGUUUCAUACAUAUAGUUUCUUUAAGCUCCUCAAAUUAUGUUGUAUCUACGAACUUGUUAAUAAUUUUAGUAAAUACAGGAGAAUCCCGUUAUAGCGAGCACGGUAAUAGCGAGAACACGGCUAUAACGAGGUCUUUUUGAGGAAUUUACGGCGUGAUCGCGUGAAGCACGCUUUGGUUAUUUGUUUGCUUUAUCUCCACCCCUCUCGCUCGCCACUAGACAUCUUGCCGUUGACAGCUGUCACAUUCUUCAGCCUUGCAGUUGCCACCUAAGUACGUGGCUUUAAAAAUAGAAUCCCGUCCUUUCUUUCUUUUAUUCAACUUCCAAGGCCAAGGUAGGCUCGACUCGAAUAAACCAAGCCUUUGAAUAUACGUAUACUUGUACGCAUUUCUUAUUAUUUAGAAAAUAUCUAUUUUUUCCCACCAUUAAACAUAACAAUGUGCCCUUUUUUUUAAUAUAAAUGCUCUUAAUUAAUUUGUUGGGACAUUUUCAUUAACGAAUAUUAACAUUGUUUAUAACUAUGUUAGGCCAAAAAAAGUCAGAUACUUCUUUAUACUUGUUGCUAAUAGAUUGCAUUAAUAAUACACAAAUAUUUAUAAACUUGUUUGGAAUUAUUUCAGUCGUGACACGUUUACAAACACGUCAUGUUAUUCUGACCAAUAGUAGGCACUACUAUAUUUAUUUCCGAAUCGCUAGGACAGUUUUCUUGUUACUUUUGUUUCAGUCAGUUGUUGGGGUAUCUGUCCGGGAAAGGGGUGGUGAUGGUUUGAGUUUAAUCCCAAAUUUAUUUUCAAAAAAAUUUUACAGGGUUCUUUAAAUGAAAAAAGUAUAGUUUUCCAGCGACUAUUUUGUUUGAGGCGUACGUGCGUUGCCGCACUCCUGCUUUUUUGUAAGGAAUUAAAUCGUCUCGCUACACUAGCGCCGCCUGUUCGCUACAUCCUGAACCAACAUGGUCGCCAGCAGACAGCCCGCGCCGACAAUAGAUAGCAGCACAAUGCUGCGUCGGCCGUGGGCCAAGUCGAGUAAUCAAUUGCGGGCUGAAAUGCUAUACUUACGUGCCGUGGUAGGGUAUUCUGGUUAUUUUGACGCAAUCUGUGAUCGUAUCCGUACUGGUAGGGUAUCGUUUAAAAGAGAAUUCACACAUCUGCUCACAGAAAUUAAGAUUUCGAUAAUAUAACCUGUUAUUUUUCAAUUAUACAGGUUUAAACACAAUUUUUAUGCUAUUUUCGGUAAAUUUUUAUUUUUUGUGGGCCAAAAUCUGUCCAAUUGGUUAUAGCGAGGACACGGUUAUAGCGAGGAUCAAAUCCGGAACCGUGACACCUAGCUAUAACGGGACUCUAUUGUAUUUUAGUUGGUUUUAAGUGUCUAAAUGAUUUGUACCUAUUAAAUUUAUGGUAUUUUUCUGCUAUAUUGGCAGAAUAUUCUAUUUUUCUUAUGUGUGGACACGUAAACAAAUAACUUUAUAAUGGUAUUAUAGCUUUGUGUCUCGCGCACGUAAUUAAAUGUUAAUAAUUUUUUUUAAAUCCAUUGUAAAACUAAAUUUUACAUAUUACCAAAGACUAGUUUUUUGCCUCAUUUGUUUAUAUAUUAUUAUUUCUAUUAAAUGUUUAGCAUCCUUUUUAGUGAGUUUAAAUUCUCUUUACUACUAUCACGCAUCCUAAGGCUAGAGCCACACUUGCGACCUGGUCGCCGCGACCAGGUCGCGGUUGUUUUACCCGGCCACGAUCUGAGUGCUUGGCGCAACUCCAGAGACUAGUUUGUGUCAUGGCGCCACAUGCUAAAGUACUUUUAGCAGUAGCAGUAGCGAGGUACCUUAAUAAGAAAUGCAGAAGUAGAAAAUACAGUGUUCACCCUGUUAAUAAGCAUUGACAUGUUGUCGGACAAUUUCAUACGUUAUUUAGAGAACUAAGAAACCAUGCUGAUAAAUUCUUUGCGUAUUUCAGAAUGAGUGUAGCUUCAUUUGACGAACUGUGUUUGUAUGUCGGAGACAGCAUUGAGAAGCAAACAACACGAAUGAAAAAUACAAUCAGUAUUGAAGAAAGAGUUGCUGUAACACUGAGGUAACAUGAAAAUCAAUAAGCUGUGCUGUAAAUGAAACAAUUAUAUUGUUUUCUGAAGUUUACACUAUGGCAUAACACAUAAUUUUAACAUUGCUUCAAAUUACGCAUGAGUAGGGCCUGGAAAAUUUCGGUGUUUUCAGUAUGCAAAAAGCGGGUACUUUCAAAUUAGAAAAAGUGGUGGUUUAAAGUCAGCAUUUUCAUUAUGCAAUGGAAAUUUUACCGGUAUUUUAAAUGUUGACUAAAUUGUGCAGUUUUUGAAUGUAAUAGUUAACAUAUUUAAUAAACAAUCCAUGUAUACUAGGAAUAGACUAAUAGGAAUAAUAACAGCGUAUUAAAUCCAAAACAGUUACACAAAACAGACAAGUUGCUAUAGAUGUUUUUUGCAACUACAAAUUUUCUUUUUUUUUUUCGGCUGCCGAUGCCGCAUGCUUAGCCGACUUUAGGUGUUUGUCAAUGGAAUCUUUUCUUUCCCAUGAAACUUUACAGUUGCAAAAUUUGCACAUCACUGUGCUAUUGUCAGUACAAUAAAACCCAUGUUUCUGAUACUGAUAUGCUCGGUCUUGAGCACUCAAAGUAUUAUUCGGCAUUUUCAAACUCUAGACAAAAAUAUGUUGCAACAUACUACAUACAGGCUGUUACAAAAACAAUCAACUAAACUUGGCGCGCAAAUAAAUAUCAGCAAUGCCACUACGUUGGAAACGCUGUCGCGGAUCGUGACGUCAACAACAGAUGCUGGCUGCAUGAUAGUCACGCAUGCCCGCACACUCCCAGUCUCGCUGCGCAGACUAAUUUUGUACCUUCAAAAUCAUUAUUUGCUUAUUCUCUUCCUAUUUACGAAGUUACACAAAAUAAACAACUACGGUAAGAUAAAUUUGUUAGUCACUAACAUAUGUGUUUAGCUUUACACAAAACAAAACUUCUCACAGUCUGGGAAAUGCAUGACCUUCGUUAAGGAAGCAUUCAGUUACGUGAGAAGUUAGUAGAAGCUAUGUUGGCUAACCUGGACAAACCAGGUUUGUUUUGUUUACAUUUUACCGUAUAUGACGCAACUUGGAUAAAUACAAGAUAGUAUAAGGUUAUUCUUUUGCUUUGAUAUAAUAUUUUAUACACUUUUCGCAAAAUACAAAAAACGCGUUGUCAUAUCCGGCCAAGUGUGCACGGUAGUUUAGAAUUCGGCAUCAUAUUAUUUUUAUUUUUCGUAGAGUGCAAAAGUUUGAGUUUUCUUGCAUUCAAUAAAUACGGUAUUGGCAUAAUGGAGUAGAGGAACACGGGGUUGCCACUUGAACAAACCCCGCCGCACAAAUGAGAAGAAACUUAGUGCGAACUAUACCCGAGAUCAAUUUUGAGCAUCAAAACCAUUCACGACCCCGGCUUAUGUAAAAAUGAGGUAAUUAUGCUGAAACACAAGACCUGGGUUAAAGGAUACUUUAACCUUGCGUGAUUAUUAGUGAUCUGCAAAUACAACAGAAUCCCGCUGAUGCGACCCCUCACGGUUUCCGGAAAAACGGACUUAUAAACGGAAUGGUCGCAAUAGAAAAUUCGCGCCAAUUUCCCCCCCCCCCCCUCCCCCCCCAACCUAAAUAUAUCCAAAUACAUAAAAAAUUGCCUUUGUUCGCAUAGAUUUCAUAAUCAAAUAGUCUAUGGUGUAAAAAUGACAACUUUUUAAAUUCAUAUUACACCUCGGACUCGCAUACUCGAACAAUGGGUUCCGAUAAAUACUCGCGCUAAGUGAAUUUGCGUCACGCGAGUUCGGAUAUGCUAAUGGGCUGGUGGUUAUUUUCGUUGAAAACGUGGUGAAGGAACUUGUGUGGAUCAGGUAGAAAACAUUCGGCUAUAAACGAAAGAUAUAAGAACAAUGCUAUCCUGAAAUGCUGUGACUUGUUUUUGGAGUAGUAGAUAAUCACAGCGACAGACUGACAGGAUGCGCUCCUGCCCUUGUCGUCAGCGAUGUUUAUUUUGACAGCUCAAGCAAUUAUCUCUUCCACGUUCCUUCACAGCGUAAAAAAAAAAAGAAAAUAAAACAGGUUGGAAUGCAGAUGGAAAAGUAACCAUGCAGUAAAAUAAUUAUAUAUUUACGGCCCUGCUAAAUUUUUCUAUUCAAUAAAAUUCGAGGUAUUAGUGAUUUUUCAGCAGAAACUGCUCUGUGACUAAUAAACAAAUUGUAUCAUAAUAACUUAAACUUAUAAAGUAUUUAUUAACGUCGAAGGACAGUCGUAUAAGAACAUAAAAAUAUUUAUUUUACCGCUGUGGGGGAGGGGAGGAGGAUGCUGACAGUUUCUCAUGCAGAAGGUUGAAAUAAGGGAAGGAAUGUGUUGAAUUGUUACAUGGUUUGUGGCUCUAGGAGGGAUGAGCCUUGAAAAAUUAGCAGGGGAUGGGAGGUAAGCGUCACGUCACGUAUGACGUCAAGCCGCCGCUACCGCCAGCCUGGCCGGACGAGUUUCUUACGCUCUCGCAGAAGCUACCACAGCGGCUUUUCAUGCGGGCCGGUAAGAUAACAUGACAGCUAAGACAUCUUUUCGUGCGAUAGUGGAUGCGCCGAUCUCGGCUAGACACUGCCGCGUGGACAGUCUAGAGGGGUGGUAUCUAUUUUUAACCGUCUUUUGUAUGCCUGCCUGCUUACAGUACAGCUCUCGCGAAGAUAAAAGUGAACACAUAGCGCCCAACAAAGUGUAACAGACUUGUUUAUAAGCAAAUUUUACUCAAAUUUUCGACUUUCUCUGCUCAAAUUUUUCACAGUUUCUCAAAAAACGGUUCGUAUAACCGGAAUGGACGCAUCAGAGGGGGGGUCGCAUCGGCGAGAUUCUACUGUAAUGGUACUUUUUGGGGAUAUAUUCGCAGUGUAAUAUAGAAAUGAGGUUUUCGCGAAUGUACUUUUCGCGUUUACAUGCGAAAUUUGCACGAAUUUUUGCAAAAUUCGCAAUCGCAAAAAAUUACAGGCCCUACACAUGGGACAUAAAGAUCUAAAACACCUAAACAGGUAUUGCAUUAAUUAUUGUUUCCAUGAUCACUAAACACACUAAAUACACUUGACUCGCUGUCAUGUGGAGACGUUGAAGAGUGAUUUAUUUUUUGGUGAUGGUGUUGUGGUAAUUCAGAGGGAGGAGGCUGGGCGCAUGGAAUUAAUUGCAUGGUAUGACUUUGGUUAGCAAAUGCAGGAAGUACGUUGAAAGGAGAAGUUUGUGUGUGGUUGUGUGUCCCAUAUGGAGACGGAAUGAAAGUUGCUGGCAGUGGGUUACAAUUCCCAAAUGAAGGAGCAUGUAAUGGAGUUGACUGAGACUCUGUAAUAGACUGGUUAUUACUACGUAAAGCUUGUUGCAUGACCUCCGUCAUUCGUAGUCGAGCCCAGAGGUUGGAUUCAUCAUUUAGUUUUUUGAACAUACGCAGAAGAGACAGUAAAAACAACCUAUCGCUAGGGCCAUGCAAUUUUCGCGAUCGUGAAAAAACGACGAAAAACGCGAAAUAUUCAUUAAAUCUGAUUUUCCCACGAAAUUUGCCUUUUUUUUUGACAAUUUACGAUAAAACACGCGAAAUACGCAAAAAAUAUUUAUUAACUACUUUGUUCAACACAACAGAGACAGUGCCAACUUGUACCACCUUACUACGAAAAUAAUAUGCAAUACGUUUUAUAACUGUAAACACUGCAAGAAAUUUCAACAAUCCUUAAAAAUCUGACGUGAGUAGAGUAUUAAACUUGUAUUCUCAUAAAUUCAUGCGGUAAGGGAUGUGGAUUGGUAUCCAAACGGUAUUUUUUUCCCCCGUAGCAACGUAACCAUUUAUAAUAUAUUUUUUUUCUAACCUCAGAUAACUUGUCGUAUAUAUAAAGCUGUCAGAAAAAAAUUAAAUAGAACCAUCCGUCGAAACGAUCGUGGUAAUAUAUUUUAUUAACGAAGUCACGCGCCAUCUUCUUUGUUGAUAUUGCAAAUUUGACCAAACAGUCAGACUCUUUCUAUGCAUAGAUGUGUCUAUCCAGAUGUAGAAAGUCGCUCACCCGAACAGUUCCGAAGUUUUCCGAUCGCAAGUAAAAAAGCACCAUAUUCAAAGGAUUAAAAUAUUUUUAUUUUACGGUCAUUAAGUAUUUUAAAUAACGCCUACCUAACCUAAGAUAACGUUUAACUUCGGAAGAUUUCAGGUUGUGCUUGUGGUUUCUAUUUGAACUGUAAGUUAUCCAUCCAAUACAGCACAAUGUUUUUAAAAGGCAAUAUCGCCACUAUUCCAAAAUGGCGCCGUUCUGGAAAUGUUCAGUAUUCACAAUGAAUGCAACACAUUAGGUCCUGAAAUUCAAAAAAAAAAAAA